AUGUAUUCCGACUAUGAUUUGGAUAAGCCGAUCGAGGCAAAAGUUGGUCUUCGUCAAGGCUUAACCUCAUAUGGCGAUGCCCAUUUCUCUCUAUUCCUGCGCAAAGUAUUCAUCAAAGCACUCGGAUAUAGCGAGGAGUCUAUUGAGAAGCCUAUUAUCGGAAUCGUGAACACAUUCUCUGGCUUCAAUCCAUGUCACGCAAAUGUACCUCAACUCAUUGAGGCUGUUAAGCGUGGUGUUCACCUCGAUGGUGGCCUCGCAGUGGAAUUCCCAACAAUCAGUAUCCAUGAAUCGUUUUCGUCGCCUACAAGCAUGUACCUGCGCAACUUGAUGAGCAUGGAUACUGAGGAGAUGAUCCGGCCCCAGCCUUGUGAUGCAGUGGUCCUUAUUGGAGGAUGUGAUAAAACAACAGUGACCCAGCUGAUGGGUGGACUCUCUGCAAAUAAGCCAAUUCUACACCUUGUCACCGGGCCAAUGAUGACAGGCAAGUUCAAAGGUGUUCGUAUUGGUGCAUGCACAGACUGCCGAAACAACUGGGCCAAAUUCCGGGCUGGAGAGAUUGAUAUUGAAGAUAUUUCCGCCAUCAAUGAGGAGUUAGCACCCGCGGGCGGUACUUGUGGAGUAAUGGGCACAGCCAGCACGAUGGCGUGUGUUCUGGUUGGUCUUGGAUUGAUGCCAUUUGCUGGAGCUUCCCCUGCUGCAGUUUCAUCUGCCCGUUUACGCGUCGCAGAAAAAACGGGCAGUAAUGCAGUAAAGUCAUGCCAGCAAUCCGAGCCUCUGCGGCCCCAGACUCUUCUGACACGGGAGUCAUUUCUGAACGCCAUUACAGUUCUCCAAGCAAUAGGAGGCUCCACCAAUGUGGUUGUUCAUCUAAUGGCUAUUAUUGGACAGCAUCCGAGUGUUUCAGGGACUAUCACUCUGGAAACUUUCAACGAGAUUGGAGCACAGACUCCUCUUCUAGUUGAUUUGAAGCCUAGCGGCUCAAACUAUAUGGCAGAUUUUCAUGACUCGGGCCUGACACUAGGUCAAAAAUUGGCAAAGGCCGCGCCAAUGUCAUUACCACAAGAGCUGAGCUGUAUCCAAUCUUUUGACAAGCCACUCUAUAGAAAAUCGUCGUUGGUGGUUCUCAAAGGAAAUCUCGCCCGGGAGGCGCUGCAUGACCCGAUUCCUCGGAAGCUUAGCACCAAAGGUGUCUCUGAUAUGAUACGCAUAUCUGAUGGUCGCAUGAGUGGAACUGCUGGUGGAACUAUUGUACUCCAUGUAUCCCCUGAGGCGGCUAAUCUCUCAUCGGUUCUUGGUAUCGUCCAGAGUGGCGAUACUAUCUCUCUCGACGUGGAAGCAAGGAUUUUGAACGUUGACAUCACAGAUGAAGAGAUUCUUCGGCGACAGGAAACUAGAAAGGAGGCAAUGACAAAAGAGCAGGCCCUUGGGUGCAAAAAGAGACUACUAGAGGCUAUCGAGGUCUCUACAUUCGUUCAGUCACUCAAGCUGAGCAUGGCGCUGAUUUUGAUUUUCUUCGGUCUACAUACACUGGACCUGCUAGUGACCAUUUUUGAACACGAAAGAGUGGAUAGUGUUAUCUGA